AAAGCAGACCAGGCUUCCUGCUCCCCUGCUCCAGGAGUUUCUGCUCCAGGAGUGUGGGAGGCUGGUGGGAAGCAGAAGGGAAGUGUGAAUUUUUUAGAGGGAGUCCUACUGUUAGCUGUCAUCUAUUCUGGGGCCCCAAACCUGGUAUAUACAUUGCUGCUGACAUGUGACUUCACCUGAAGAGGCCAUUAGGGUCAGGUUUAGUUUUUAUUAGACCAGUAUUUGACUGAGCCCCUACCAUGUAGCAGACACUGUGCUAGGAACUCGUGUAUAUUUUUCCCACUUAAUCUUUCUACUGUCCAGUGAGGUAGUUCUCAAUAUCCCCCCACCUCACAGAUGAGGAAUCAGGGCUAGACAGGGGACUUGGUUUGUUUGGGAACACAGUGGAGUGGCUUUGAAAUCACAACUUUGUGAUUCAGGCUGAAUUGUGACUUUCAUGGGCCUUUUCCUACAUAAAACAAAUAAUAACGGUCUAUUUUGUAUCUGUGUUGGUAUAGACACAAAUGUCAUCCAGACCAAAUUAAAAAUUAAAACAUUUUCUUUGACCCUAAAAAUUCAUCUUUUCUUCUGUAACCACCUCCUCCACCCCUGCCAAGCUACGUCUCCAGCCCUCUUGACUUUAACAAAGAUGAAAAUCUUUUUGCUUUUUAAGUAUUAGGAGCCACUCAAACCUGAUGGUGACUUCAAGCCCUGCUUUCUUCCUCAGGUACCUCAGGUGUGGAGUUGUAAGAAAAUGCCCCUUUGCCUUCUCUUUCAUCACAUUCUGGGACAAGCCAGCUGUUUUCACCCAUCAAAAGAUCAUCCCCUCCUUCAUCUAACUCAAAACCCUGUUGAUAAGGAGGAAAGCUUCCCUCUAUCCUCUCUGCCCCAGGCUGUAGAAAGUGUACAGUGUCUGGUCCCUAAUAAUGAGAUUAGGCCUGGUCGCCUUUUAAUAAGACACAGUGGGUUUCAGGAGGGAGCUUGUGGCUUAGCAGCGUAGGUUAAGCCCUGGGGGAAGCUCUGUCCCUGUUUGAUUGCAUUAAGUGGCAUCUGGCUGCAGUUUGUGUGCUGGGGGUGUGUUUGUCACAGCCCAGUUUUCUAGAAGCUGCCAGAAAUCUGUCACCCCCACCCUGUGCUCUUACAGAAAAAGGAGAGUGGCCACAUAAAGGGCAGCGUGAGUACCUCUAGUUGCAAGACCGGUCUUCUGGGCAGAGCAUACCUUUGGGGUGGAGAGGGCCACUUCCAGGCCCUUGAAGUGCCUGGGGACCAAGGUUGAACAGGAACCAGGAAGCUGUCAUGGGAGGGGGAAGACCAUCACCAGGCUGUGUCAAGGUGACUUUCUCAACAAGGUUUAGGGUCAAAGUCUCAGAUCUUUGACUGACAUCAGUAUUAGGAAAAUGUGACAGUACUAACCCAUUAAAAUUACUGGGUGUUGGAAAGCACAGGGUCACUUCGGCCAGCAGGAGACUCAGGAGUGUGCCACUUUAUUAAAGGAGGGGCCCUCUUCUGUGUGCAAACAGGACAGCUUGAAUUCUUACUGCUCUCCCCUUUUCAUCUUUCUCUGUGCUGCACAUUGCCUGCAAGCCCCCCUGAGGGUAGGGAUGUCCUCUACAGCAUCUACCAGUCCUGAUAUACAGUAGGCACUCAAUAAACAAUUGAGUGGAGCUGCUAUUUGCUGAUGGUAAUUUUGGGGUUGCUCUUUAUGAUCUUUGAGCCCUAAUUUCAUCAUCUAUCAAACUGGGGUAAUGCUUCUAUUAUGUUCUCAGUGUCACCGCUGAGGACUGAGAGAAAAUGGGACCUGGUACAGAGUAAGGGGCUCACUGGCUGUUGGAGGCCCUCCCUCCUGAUGCACACAAGCUGUCUCACCCUAAUAUGGAGGGUGCAAACCCAAGGAACCCAGGAAUGAGUUUGCAGUGUAGGAUGGCAAAGCUAUGUGCUUGGUCAUCACCUUUUGAGGAGAACCUCCCUUGAGGUCCUGCCUGUCUCGAGGAGGCUGGCUGGGAUGGGGAAGCAAAUGACCCUGGAGUGAGGCCCGCCCCUGCGCCCCAGCCCUGCCCUUUGCAUUCAUAAAGAAGUCCAGGCAGCUCUGCUUGACUGCCUGGGGUGAUGUUCCUUCUGUUCUUCCUAAUUCAGAGAUAAUCAGAUUCUGUCUGUACUCUGAGCUCUCUGGGGAUGAAUCUAAUAAGGGAGGCAGUGACCUGCAGAGGAGGACGCAGGACAAACGACCAGAGGACAGCCUUUCCUCCUUUAGUCCAUUUUUCCUGUUAGAGUUGGGGUAAAGUGUUAGGGACUCCAGGAGUCACAAAGAAGAGUAAGGCGCCUCCUUACCUCCAAGGACAGAGCACUUCAGCAGAGAAGCACCACGAGACUGACCUAGUACAGAACCAGAAAGGUGGCUGCCUCAGCAUGGAGAGUGGCCUUGGCCCUGUGUCCACCCCUGGUGCGCUGCCCUACUAUGUGGCCUUCUCCCAGCUGCUGGGUUUGACUGUGGUGGCCAUGACUGGUGCUUGGCUGGGUCUGUACCGAGGUGGCAUUGCCUGGGAGGGGACCCUGCAGUUUAACGUGCACCCGCUCUGCAUGGUCAUAGGCAUGAUCUUCCUGCAGGGAGAUGCCCUGCUGGUCUACCGUGUCUUCAGGAAAGAGGCCAAACGCACCACUAAGGCCCUGCACGGGCUACUGCAUGUCUUUGCGUUCAUCAUCGCCCUGGUUGGCCUGGUGGCGGUGUUCGAUUACCAUAAGAAGAAGAGCUAUGCUGAUCUGUACAGCCUGCACAGCUGGUUCGGGAUCCUUGUCUUUGUUCUUUACUUUGUGCAGUGGUUCGUGGGCUUCAGCUUCUUCCUGUUCCCUGGAGCUUCAUUUUCCCUGCGGAGCCGCUACCGCCCUCAGCACAUCUUCUUUGGUGCCACCAUCUUCCUCCUUUCUGUAGGAACAGCCCUGCUGGGCCUGAAGGAAGCGCUGCUGUUUAAACUCGGGAGCCAGUACAGCACAUUUCAGCCUGAAGGGGUUCUGGCCAACGUGCUGGGCCUGCUGCUGGCCUGCUUCGGGGUGACUGUGCUCUACAUCUUGGCUCAAGCUGACUGGAAGCGGCCUCCCCAGGCUGAAGAACAAGCCCUCUCCAUGGACUUCAAGACUCUGACGGAGGGAGACAGCCCCAGCUCCCAGUGAUGGCCCGGCUCCAUCUUGUCUCAUGCAGAGGCCGCUUGGGGGCGGCUCUCUCAAUUUUGUGGAGUUCCCAUAGGCGUCUUGUGGCUCACCCCUGCUGAGGCUGAGUCUUCAGAACCUGGGGAAGACUCAGGCAGCAUGGUGGGGAGUGUGGGUGUAGUGGUGUCUUUUAGGUGGCUUCUGGGGUUAGGGCUGUCCUCUGCUUUCCCUCCCUCACUGUGGCUGUGGCUAUAGAUGUCCUGUGCAGGUAUUGUUCCCUGUUCCCCUUCACAUGCAGAAAGCUUUGGUGGGGGCCUGGGGCUCAGUCCUGGAUGCAGAAGCAGAGCUCCCCACAGGAGCUGGACAGGCUCCACCCUCCAGGCAGCAGAUGGCUAGGGUGAGGCCAGGGGAACUGCAGGGCCUUAGGGAUAGUUCUGGAAAGCUAAGACUGCUGUUUGUAUAACUGAAUCCUAACCAGGAGUCCCUCCAGCCUGAGCAGCAUGUUGGAGAAACUGGCCCAGUCCUUGGCAGUGGAGCAAGUGAUAUUAUGUACAAAGUAUGCCUCUAAUCAGAGGAAGGCUUCCCAGGAGAGGGGAGGGACCAGCUCCUGGGAAGCACUGCCAUUUGGCUUUGACCCUACUGCAGUCUUAAGCCUUCCUGCUCUUUAACCCACGAUUCCCAGGACAGCUUUGAGGGAGAGGGGACAGGAACAUGUGACUUCAGCACACUUGCCCUGGAGAUGGGGCAGCCUGCAUGGGAAGCAGGAGAGGCCUCCUGUCCUCUGGCUCCCCUGCAGAGCUCCUCUCACAGUGGGCAGCUUGGGAACUGCGCUGAGAGGCAGAGGGCAGUUUUUUGGAAUGAAGAGCCGCUGCUUGUGGCAUGCUUCUGGCUUGAGCUGCCUGUUCUGUUUUGGAGGAUGAGCCCUGUCUUCCCUCACCUGGGCCCAUCUUUUCAGGAAUUUGGAACUGGGGCAGAAUGAGAAGAAUCCUCUGUGGUGUCUGGACCUUAUUCCCAUCCCAUAAUUUGUGUUAUGAUGUUGUUAGCUGAGUCACUGUUUGGCUUUGCUCUAGAAAUAAUAUGUUUAGAGCCUCCGUCUGAUGCUUCUUGGACUUGGGAAGGCCCCUCCAUUUUUUCUGGGCUCUAAGCAACCUGACAGUUUGAGACAGUCACAGUUUACUUAAGUGAGAAAAUUAAUAAAAUUUCUAAACUGACUACAUUUAACAGUUACCCUUUUCACACCUAGAUGCUGCCUUAGAGAAAAUGGGCUGGCCUUAUCUAUUCCUCAGAUUUUUUUCUUUUUUGUACCAGGGAUUGAACCCAGGGGCGCUUACCCACUGAGCCACAUGCCAGCCCUUUUUAUUUUUGAUUUUGAGACAGAGUCCUGCUAACUUGCUUAAGGCCUUGCUAAAUUGCUGAGGCUCUGAACCUGUAAUCCUGCCUCAGCCUCCUAAACUGCUAGGUUAUAAGCAUGUGCCACCUCACCCAGCUACUGCUCAGAUUUUUAAUAAUUGGUUUUUGCCAAUUAUUGGGUCCUACUUUUGGUGAUGUCAUUUCUCAGAGCAGGUACGUGUGAUCCAGCCCCCUCCCCAGACCUCUUUCCCCAUUUCCUCUCCACUUGCCCUGAUAAUAAAUCGGUUGUAUACUCUGCAAGGACAAAGAUCUUAUCAAUUAUUUAAUCAGCUGCCAUACAUUUGUAUAGUCUAUGUUUACAUGUGUGAAACUCGUCCUUGGACAAACUACCAAAACAUAAUUGUGUAUCUCUCUUGCCAGAAGCUACAUAGAGAACUGGAACCUUAGAUCUGGAAUGAGAAUCUGUAAACUGGUCUAUUUGCCAAAGUGUAUAUUGGAUGACUAAGGACCAAAGAAGGCCCCCAGCCGACGUGUGGUUUCUUUUGUUUGUAUGUGGCCAGUCUCUCUUGACGUACCAUGUGCUGUCGGUGUAACAGAUGAUUCAAUAAAUGUCUACAGCAAUCUA